CAGUUUUUUAAUGAGUCUGUCACUGAAUUGCAGACACUGCAUGACAGAGUAAAUGUAUUAUGUAUGCUCUGACUUAACUGACGAAUGCAUGCUGGGCUUGCAUCCUUCACCUCCACCUGACAGUAUUGAACAUGUGCCGAAGGCCAGAGACCCUUUGAUAGCAAAGCAUGUCAACGUGGAAUUUCUGGAGCUCCUAAGCAAGAGAUUGAUGCUGCAUAAUUAAAUGCAGCAUGGUGCCAAUAGAAGAGCUUUUACUGGUGCAGCACUAGGAUUCAAUAUUGUAAACAGAACAUGUUACAGUAUUAAGAAAUGGAGGUAACACACUUUUCACAAUACCUACCUUUAACCCUUAGUCAAUAACUGGUUUUCUGUGGUGCAAUAUAUUGUUAUGUGAUCAGGCUGCUAGUGUAGGUGUGCUUUCAUAAUCUUUAAUUACAAAUGGGCACAACCUCUUAGCAGCAGGCUCCCUAAACUUUCUGACUUUUUCACAAUGCUUGAUUUCUUCAUGCAAAUGGCACACUCAUCACAGCCUCUUUAAAGCACCACAGAAAGGGACGUGUCUCCAUACAGGUUCAAAUUGGCCAACGAAAAAGUGCACCAGACAGGACUUCUGCUGCAUCCACAGAGAAGUUGCAAUGUAAACAGUUGAAAAAAAAUACCAUAACAACUGAGGAAAUUUUCACUUCAUAUAUUUCCUUCAUUGGCAUACACAAGGUGCUUCAGAUCAGGAAACCAUGAGCUAGUUUUCUCAAAUUCUGGAAAACUGGAUCAGUUUUCCUUAUUUGGAAGAAUAUCUGACCUCAGUGGUUCACCCUUUGUGGUUACUUAAGCUUCUGAUUUUACUUUAUUCACCAAUGGUAGCUUUUAUUUUGUUUCUCUGGCCUUUCUCAUUUCUGCUGCAUAUUUACAAGAAGAUGAAUAACCAGCAAAAAAGUGAUAACAAAUUUUGGGAGAAACCAAGGAAACUUAUUGCUCUAGGUGCUUAUAUCGUUGGAAAGAUAUGGUUUGAUUAUGAAGUCAUUGGCAUGGAACAUCUCCCUAAAGGACCAGGGGUUAUUGUUUAUUAUCACGCAGUCACUGCUAUUGACUAUUCCUUUUUAGUGGCUAAACUUUUUAAGGAGACACAGAGACAGUGCUAUUCAGUAAUUGAUCAUGCCAUAUAUCAGCUACCAGGUAAAUUAUUAAAUUUAAAUCAUGCUUUUUUUUUUACAAAAAAUAUGUGAAAUAUGACAUAAAACAAUGCUAUAAAAUAUAAAACCAUGUUAUCAGGCAAACAGGUGAAAAAGAACAGGCAAAAAAAAUAUCAGCAAGAGGUGAAAUAGUAAGUUGGUAGAGAGGAUGGUUCUUUCUCACCAAGUCUUUACAGAAUGAAUGCAGCAUGAACCAUUAUUUCCAAACAAAAUAAAAAAAAUCCUUCCAGCAGUACCUUAGAGACCAACUAUGUUUGCCAUUGGUAUGAGCUUUCGUUUUUGACUAUGUCAAACCAACACAGCUACCUACCUGUAACUACCAUUAUUUCCAAAUCAUUCCUUAAUUAUUAAAUUUGUAUAGCUUCCUUCAUCCAAAGUUCCCAGGGUGGUUCACAACAGAAAACACACCUUAAGCAAGACUGAGGAUUCAGUAUUGUAGAGAAAAUGUUAUUUUUAUUAAAUACUAGCUGAUCCGGCCACGCGUUGCUGUGGUUCUUUCAUGUGAUCCCCCCCCAGUCACGAUCCAUGACGUAUCCUGCCCCUCCUCCCUCCACCCCGGCUCAUCCCUGUGUUUCCGUAGGAUACCCUUCCCUCUGUUGUCCCUGGGGAGUGUUGGCCCCUCCCCCCUGUAUCUCCAUACCUUGGCCUCCACCCUUCGAAAAGGAAUUGUUAGGUUCUGGGUUCUAUUUCCCAGCAUGCACUUUUGUCUGAACCCUUUGUUGUUCCUGGGGAGUGUUGGCCCCUACCCCUGGUAUCUUCCUACAUUGGCCCCCAUCCUUGGAGAAGGGGCUGUCAGUUUCUGGGUUCCAUUUCCCAGUAUUUACUUUUGUCUGAGCCCUCUGUUGUCCCCUCCCCCCUGUAUCUCCAUACAUUGGCUCCUGUGCACGCAUCGUGAACAUUUCUAUAUGUUUAGAUUAAGGAUCGGGGGUGAUGAUGUGCCCUGGGACCCAGAGAACUACUUAAAGAAUCCCAACCCGGGGAGGGGGGGUCAAAUAGCGAAGCCCCACAGCCCUGUAGCAACAGACAGGCCCAGACAGAAGGAGGGGGAUCAUAUGGGCCACUUGGUGCGGGCCUCCGAAUCCAAAGUGGGCCUCGGUCAGCAUAUUCACAAUCAGUAAAAUGAGAAAAGUAACAAAAGGGUUAAAAACAGGGACACAUUAUCUUAUCUACCUGGGCCGGGCCUCGAGUUGUUCAGUUCCAUAAAAAAACCCAGGAAGUGGCAAGGGGAAGGUAGGGAAUUGUAAAUAGGGUAGGGGGUGUGCACUGCAAAUAUCUGAGGACUUAAACUGGGGAGAGAAAGUGAAUGGUUGUUUUUUUAAAAUAAUUUUAAAAAGACACAGAGGCUUACAAUCUGUUGUUUCUCCUAAAAUAAGACAUACCCAUAAAAUAAGUCAUAUUUAUUUUUGUCUUGUGGAUUUUUUGGGGGUAGUGGUGCUAAAUUGUAAAGUAAAAACCCCUUGCAGUGUAGGGGCCUACAUAAAUCAAAGGCGGUGCUGCGGUCUGUGGCAACCCGCCCCCCAGGCAGGCCCCGACCUCCACUUGGCAAUGUUGGUUCUUUGGUGGGUUUUUUUGGGGGGGUAGUGGUGCUAAAUGGUAAAGUAAAACCCCUUGCCGUGCCCCCAAGUGUGUUGCUGUGGGUUAUCCCCCUCCCCGGGCCUAGUAGAGGCCUGACAGCCUGUCAGGGGCCUAAAACAAAGGCCUAGAUAAAAUGGCUGCCUUGGUGUAUUUCAGUUGCUUGGUUGAUGAUGAUGUCAUUUGGUUUGUGGGUGUGGCUUAGAUUUCUCAGGAAGGGAGGGGGUGGAGGAGGGUACUACGCCACUUGAGGGCGCUGUUUGACUUGGUGGAAAAGCAGGUCUGCACCUGGGCAGGUGUGCGAUUUGAGGGAUUUUUGCCCCCAACAACGCUCUAGGAGUGGCCUGGAUCGUUGUGUCAAAAUUUCAGGAUGAUCGGUCAAGCGGUUACGGAGAAAAGUGUCAAACAGAAUUUCACAAUUUUUACAUUUUUAUAUUACAGGAAUACCUUAUCUGACCUCAAAAUAGCUAUGCGAGUACUUUUUUUUCCUCUAGUAAUCACAAGGCAUUUCCUGUGCUUCCAUGCAGAAAUUUCGUGUUUAGUUGUACAACUGUCUACAGUCUUCCUCAGGGAUCUAAAAAAUGGGGCCAUCUAGAUAUUGUGACAUCUGAUUGAUGUGCUAUAACUGCAUAUAAUUGCUGCUGACUUUAAUGCCAGAAGAGUACAAGGUGUAAGAAAUAGGGUCUCUAACUUGAUGAUUUCUUCAGGUACAAAGAUACCAGAAAACAUGGCCCCACCCGAACACAUGGCCAAUCAAGCACUCCCACACACAGCUCUUAUGCCCCCAUGUGACACUGCAGUCGAACACAUGUGGCACCCUUGCUGUAGUGUUCAUGGCCCCCCGCUGCCACUCCCCCCACAUCCUCUUCCUCUGCAUUCACACAGCAGCCACACCAGGAAACAGAAAGAUCAUUUAAAGAAGGAAGGAAGGACAGAGCCCAAAGAGGCCCAGUAACACAGAGUGCUCUGUUUGGGGGGCAUUGCAUUGGGUGAAUAAACGCAGCAUAUAAUCUCCACCCACUCAGAGUGACUCAGAGAAUGGUCUGAAUAUAUGAGUAUUAUAACUCAUAUAAAUGCUUAAAGGAGAUUAAAGCAGUGUCACAGUUUUAGUUUACUCAAAGACUAGGCAAAAAUGUUUCCAUCUGCACCCAAAAGUAAGCAAGGGAGGAAUAUUCCAGCAGAGGAGAAAUACCAUUUAUUCUGGGAUCAUAACAGAGAAAGUCUUGAUCCGUGUGGAUGACAACCUAGCAUCCAGAACGCUGCAACAUAUAGGAGAGCCUUUUAGCUGAUCUUAAAUUUCAGUGUUCUGAACCACACUGUUUUCUUCCAAUAAAAGAUUGCAAUAUUUCAUUUAUUUUUCAACAAAGUGAUAUUCAUUUGUUGCAUUUUGUAUUAUUUCCAGGUUAUGAAGUUAUUGGCAUGGAACAUAUUCCUAAUGGACCAGGGGUUAUUGUUUAUUAUCAUGCAGUCCCUUCUACUGACUAUUCCCUUUUAGUAGCUAAACUUUUUAAGGAGACACAGAGAAAGUGCUAUUCAGAAAGUGCUAUUCUGUUUGGGGGGCAUUCCAUUGGGUGAAUAAACACAGCAUAUAAUCUCCACCCACUUAUGUGUGCAUGAAAAGAUGGAUUUAUGUUGGUGUAGGUAGGAUUCAACCAGCAUGGGCUCAUCAGUGCCAUGUGUGCGCGUAUGUAUCUGUCUUUCUGUGCAUGCAGCAAGGCACUGUGGUCUGUAUUUUUAUCAUAAUGCAAACUUGAAUGUCAUUCUGUUUUACUACAGACUUGACUUGUGGAACACAUGUCUAAAAAGGUGGCCACCUCAACACUUCCAUGAAAUCCUACUUGAAAAGGAUUGGCAGAGAACUAUGCUUGUGAUCCGUAAUAGUGCAAUAUCUUUGGAAUAAUGACACCUGUAUAGCGUCAACAAUAUUUCCUAAAUAAGAGUUAUAUAAAAUGAUUUUUUUCUAUUUUGGUCUUAUUUUUUCAGGGCUGAAGAUACUUUUUGAUACAGUCGGUUUGAAAGAUUUCAGUAAAGCUGAUUGUGUGGAAAUUUUGAAGAAAGGCCAUUUAUUGGGCAUUUCACCUGGUGGAGGUAGAGAAGCAAACUUUAGUAAUGACUACAGCUUAAUGUGGGGUAAACGCACAGGUUUCGCUCGGAUAGCUUUGGAGGCAAAAGUGGUGAUUUGCAUUGCCUUCACAAUUAUCCUAGAUAAGUCAUAAUGUCCUGACAUUCUUGAUCUAGUAUCCUAAAUGGUUGAAAAUGGCAGAUGUUUGGGGGUCAAAUGAUAUCUGGAGUUCCAAGUAUUUCUCACCCGGGUUUUUAAAGCUAUUGAGCUCAAUUACAUUUAAAAAGAAAAAUAGCUUUCCCCCCUCUUCAAUUCUUGAAAAUCUGCAUGUGCAAUUUGAAGUCAAUUACGUCUGGCUUGUCAUUGUAAUGCCAGGUGCGGAGCAUUAUUCCUAGUCCUUAACCAAAAUAAAGGUGGGGCGGUUGAGGUGAAGUAAUGCUCCAGUUAUCAGCUUCCUUUUGAUUUUUGAUUUUAUUCUUUUAGCCCAUCAUCCCUAUAUUUACACAAAACGUUUGUGAAGCAUACAGGAACGUUGGAAAGACAAGGUUGACAAGAUGGUUAUACAGUGGAACCUCGGUUUAUGAACACCUCGGUUUAUGAAUUUUCGGUUUAUGAACGCCGCGGACCCAUCUGGAACGGAUUAAUUCACUUUCCAUUACUUUUAAUGGGAAAGUUUGCUUCAGUUUAUGAACGCUUCAGUUUAUGAACAGACUUCCGGAACCAAUUACACCCAUGUUUCAGUUUAUGAACACUUCAGUUUAAGUACUUCACGGACCCGUCUGGAACGGAUUAAUCCACUUUCCAUUACUUUCAAUGGGAAAGUUCGCUUCAGUUUAUGAACGGUUACUCCGCGGACCGUCUGGAACGGAUUAAUCCACUUUCCAUUACUUUCAAUGGGAAAGUUCGCUUCAGUUUAUGAACGCUUCAGUUUAUGAACAGACUUCCGGAACCAAUUGUGUUCAUAAACCGAGGUACCACUGUAUGAGAAAACACGACUUCUCUACCUUCCCAUGUAUGGACCAUUUCCAGUGAAACUGAGGACAUUUAUUGGAGAACCCAUCCCAUAUGAUCCAAAUAUAACAGCUGCAGAACUGGCUGAAAAAGUAAACAGUUGAAAAAAAUUCCAUCACAACUGAGGAAAUUUUCACUUCAUAUAUUUCCUUCAUUGGCAUACACAAGGUGCUUCAGAUCAGGAAACCAUGAGCUGGUUUUCUCAAAUUCUGGAAAACUGGAUCAGUUCUCCUUAUUUGGAAGAAUAUCUAACCUCAGUGGUUCAUCCUUUGUGGUUACUUAAGCUUCUGAUUUUACUUUAUUCACCAGUGAUAGCAAUUCUUUUGUUUCUCUGGGCUUUCUCAUUUGUUUUGCAUAUUUACAAGAAGAUGAAUAACCAGCAAGAAAGUGAUAGCAAUUUUUGGGAGAAACCAAGGAAACGUAUGGCUCUAGUUUCUGAUAUUGUUGGAAAGAUAUGGUUUGGUUAUGAAGUUAUUGGCAUGGAACAUAUCCCUAAAGGACCAGGGGUUAUUGUUUAUUAUCACGCAGUCACUGCUAUUGACUAUUCCCUUUUAGUGGCUAAACUUUUUAAGGAGACACAGAGAAAGUGCUAUUCAGUAAUCGAUCAUGCCAUAUAUCAGGUACCAGGGCUGAAGAUAUUUUUUGAUACCAUCGGUUUGAAAGAUUUCAGUAAAGCUGAAUGUGUGGAAAUUUUGAAGAAAGGCCAUUUUAUCGGCAUUUCACCUGGUGGAGCUAGAGAAGCAAACUUUAGUAAUGACUACAGCUUAAUGUGGGGUAACCGCACAGGUUUCGCUCAGAUAGCUUUGGAGGCAAAAGUGCCCAUCAUCCCUAUAUUUACACAAAACAUUUGUGAAGUAAUCAGGAACAUUGGAAAGACAAGGUUGACAAGAUGGUUAUAUGAGAAAACACGACUUCUCUACCUUCCCAUGUAUGGACCAUUUCCAGUGAAACUGAGGACAUAUAUUGGAGAACCCAUCCCAUAUGAUCCAAAUAUAACAGCUGCAGAGCUGGCUGAAAAAACAAAGAUUGCAAUUGAAAAUCUUCGGGAUAAAUACCAAAAAAGGCCAGGAAAUAUAUUAAGAGCUCUCUCAGAACGAUUUGAUAAGCAUUACAAAACCAACUAGUUCAUAUAAUAAUUAUGUUAUUAAAGCUAAGUUGAUAUACACAGAA